GCUCAAAAGUGUCCGGGUUAAAUGUUUGUAUCAUGGAGUAGGCGAUUCAUCUUGUGUACUCUUAUCUAUUCUUUAUCAAGCAAACACGUUUUUGGAGAUUUUUUCGGUUAAAUAAUCUCCAAAAUGUUGUGUAUCUGUUUUGCUUUUCGUUUAAUUUAUACCACGCAAAGUAUGCUAGUUUGUGACACAUGUAGCUAAUGUAAACAUGCACCUCCCUGGCGUCUCUGUGCUUUUUCGUGCCUUUAAAACAUCUUUAAGAAGACUAAUCAGAGCACGUAAAUGUCACACCGAUGAGUAUAUUCGGAGAUUUAUUUUGGAAAACACUGAAGUAGGAGGGGACCAGUCUCUGACCCCUGAGAUCCGCCUCAGACUCUUCACGCCCAAAUGCAGAUUCUGGAAAGAAAGACCUGAAUUAUGGCCUUUUAGCGAUCCAUUCUGGGCAAUUUACUGGCCCGGGGGACAGGCUGUUUCGAGAUACAUAAUGGAUAACCCAGAGAUGUGCAGGGGCAAAGCUGUGCUGGACCUUGGCAGUGGCUGUGGAGCUUCAGCAAUUGUAGCCAAAAAGUGUGGCGCUAAGGACGUUACUGCCAACGAUAUUGACACUGUUGCAGGACUUGUGACCAUCAUGAAUUCAGAACUGAACAACCUGGCGCCCCCCGUGUGUUCGGCCGACAAUAUGAUAAGCUCGGAGCCCAAGCCCUUUGACCUGAUUCUCCUGGGAGACAUGUUUUAUGAUGAGACCCUGGCUACAGCUCUGCACGCCUGGUUGGACACCUGCAUUAAAACUCACGGAGCCACAGUGCUUAUCGGAGACCCAGGCAGAGCAGCGUUUGAGGGGCACAACAUUCAUCACCAUCUGCAUCACCUGGCCCAGUAUGAACUCCCACAGUCAGUGAGAGAGGAGAACUAUGGUCUUAUCUACAGCAGUGUUUGGUGCUACAGGCCUAGACUUUAAACCUGGACUAUGUGGAGGGCCUGCCACCUGCUUGUGUCUCCAUGGAGAAGUGUGUAAUCAGACUUAAAUGAAGCAUGUCCCCCAGCAUACCGCUACAUGGAGAGAGCCCGCACAACUGGCAGAGGUGGGGGCCUAGCUGCCUUUUAUAGCAGUAAUAUUGAACUAUCCCCUGUCACUUCACCCUGUUUUGCUUCUUUUGAAUCCCUGGUUUUUAACUGUAGAAAACCAUUUCCACUGACAAUAGCCCUCAUAUAUCACCCCCCCCCCCCCCCCCCCAGAUCACACCCAAAUUUUUUAUCAGACUUGCACAAUCUACUUACCUCACUCUGCACACCCCAAAGUAAACAUUCUGGUUACUGGUGACUUCAAUAUCCACAUGGACUCCGAUAACUGCCAACUAGCCACCAAUUUUAAAGAAAUCCUGGACCAACAUGUCACCU